AAGAAAAGAAUAGCUGACUAGAGUGUACUAUAACCAGUUCUAGCUGUUUUCUUGAACAGUAGCACAUUUGGUGUAAGUUGAAUUCUGGGUAUUGCUGUUUGUAUUUUCUUGUUUUGUGUUUACUUUGUUUGACUGUGCUUUCUUGUGAAAGUUUUGUAAUAAUUGAACACAGCUCAGGGUUUUACUUUUCAAAGCUAUUUUCUACUUUCUUUCUGAUAUUUUAUUGGGUUUUUGCUUUGUUUCUUGCAUGAAAAUGUAAGUUCUUUUCCCCAUUUUCUUUUUUUUGGACAAGGAGGGUGAGUGAUGUGGUGGGCAGAGGGGCCAGUGGGGGUCUUUUUUUUAAUUCUUACCAAAUUAAUGUGAAGAUAAUGUUUGAUAGAAUCUUAUUGGGAGGACAAAGUGUGUGAAUCACAUUCAGCAGAGUGGGAGAGAAGGUAAAGAAAUUUAAGAGAUGAUUUUGAAGGAUGAAUGUUAGCUCAGCUAGAGAAAAGAAUGAUAGUUUAGCCGCUAUUAUUGAGAGAAAACCUCAAAGGCCUUGUGGUUGUAUGGGCAUUUUCUUUCAGCUCUUUGAUCGGAACCGUAGAUUUGCCAAGAAGCUGUUUCCAAAGAAACUGCUUUCACCAACUCGCUUGAAACAAGCUUUAAAAAAGUUUAGAGGGGAUGAGAAGCAGCCAAAGCUUCGUUUGAUUACUGAUGAGAAUAGUGGGGGUUUUAAUGGAAUGACCAAUACACGUUGUGAAAGCAAGCGCGAAAUGAAAGCUCCAAGUUUGGUUGCUAGGUUCAGGGGUUUGGAAUCGAUGCCAGCAGGAUCAGGCAGUAAUCCUCAAAAGGCUUCAGCUUCUGAAACUUGGAGCAAUGUGGCAGACAAACUUGGUGCUCGACUUGGCGGAUCUGAUAAAGAAGAUAUGGGUUUGGAGAUGGCCGAAAUAAUGAGUUUAGAACCGGGUUUGCGAAGGUUUAGAGCUAAAUAUGCUCUCACUUAUCCUACUAGAUAUUUUUCUCCUUUGGAAGAUGAAGCAGAUUUAGCACCUCAUCAUUUGGAAAGCCCUAAUCCUUGUGUGGAUUCAAAUAUUUUGAAAGGAACAUCUGUGUCUUCAUGUAAAAAUUGUGGUUAUUUUCUUCAUAGUAAUAACGGUACACCAAAUGUGGAAGAAUACUCAUCGUCUGUCUCGUCACCUGUCUCUAGUGACUCUGGACCUCCAUGUGAAGGUCCAGGAAGAAAUAUGCCAAGGUUGCCCAUUUUCAGCAGCGGGGAUCAACUAGAGAGAGUUUCUGAGGGUUCGUCCUCAGACGCCACUGCUGAAAUUGAUGAUGUAUCAUACUGUGCAGAACUCAUAUUGGGCGAAAGAUCUAUUAGCAGAACUCUAAUGGAGAUGCAUGGCAUCCGCCAAGGGAAUAAUGUGAAGAAGGAUGCAUCAUCUGUCACUCAUGUGGUUAAUCAGAAGCAAAAUCAAACAACUCAGAAUAGAGAGAGGGGUCUUAUGAAGUCUAAGCCAAGUAGUUUGCAGAGCAACAGAGUUUUAGCAGCUGCAAAAUCUAUGAGUAAUACCCAAAGGAAUAAAAGGCCUAGCAGGAAAGAAGAUUUGUGUGAUGAUGGUGAUGUAUCUUCUAAUUAUACUUGCAUGAAUUUCCAGGCCAUACCAGAUUCAGCAGCAACAGAUUUAGUUGGGAAUUCACUUGAUCACCAGAGUUCAGGAUGUGUUCUUGAAGCUGCCUUUUCAACUGACAGCUACCUCUCCAGCAGUCCCAAUAGUAGCUCAAAGGACAUAGUGCUUGCUGAAUCAGUGGACUCUAUUGAUGAUGAACCACUCUUUUCAAAACCUGAUAGAGAUCUUUCGAAUUGUGAGACCUCAUUAUGCACCAGGAGGAGUUGCAGAGAACUGAUCACUGGCCAUUUUAAUAACGUUUCUGGAGUGCUAAGCAAGAUCGAUCAGUUAAAAAGAAGCAAACUCAGUUACGCAAAACAGGUCAUUUUGAAUACUGAACUCAUAUUUGGAACUACACCUCAACAGCAGGCUCUACCUGUAGAGGAUGGGUCUUCUGUGAGCUAUUUUCUCCUCAAUGAACAUGAAAUAUUUUUGAGUCUUCUGUGGAUGACUUUCGUUCAGUUGCUUGGCUGUAACGACCCAAAACAGAUGAAUCAACUUAAAGGAUUCGCCUUUGAUUGUCUAUUAGAGUACCGAGACUCAAAAUUUGCUCGAUACUCUGAUUCUGGUUUCAGAACCUGCACCAAACUACCAUCAAGUAUGACCAAAGAGAUUCUGAUUGAUGGUGUUAUUGAAGAGGUCGAAGAUUGGACAGAAUUUCUUGAUUUGAAUCCAGACGAGCUAAUAGAAUGGGAACCCAUCCUCUAGGGACUUCGAGAUUGAAGAAUAUGAAUGUGGCACUGAAGUUGCUAGGCAUAUUCUCCAAGAAUUAGUAGAUGAAGUUGUUUUAGACCUCUACAGUUCUAGCUAAAUUUGGAUGGAACUGUUAGUAGCUCCUCUUUUUGAGACUUUGUUGCAAGCCUGUCAAGUGUUAUGUGAUAACUCUUGCCUCAGUAAUUUGAAGCAAAGUAUUUUGUACAAA